GACAUCACGGCGGUGCUGGAGCGGCCGGGGGCCAGCAGCCCCGGGGGCCAGCAGCCCCGCCGCCACGGCCACUGCGCACCCGCGGCCACAGGCACCGGCGCCUCCGGCCAGGAUGGCUCCUCAGAUCUAGACAGGGAGGCCAGAAAAGUGCCAGAGAUACCCAUCCAAGUGACAGUGGGACUGGGAUAGUGGAGCUAUCAUGAGGAUGUCUGAAGCCAAACUCCUCAGCUCCUCUUGCCUCAUGCUUUCCUUGCUCUCCUUGCACUGGGCUUUGCUCCAGCUGGGCCAGGCUUUUCCCAGCACCUCUGACUACCUCCAGCGGGGCUGGCAACGGCUGCUGGAGGAAGGGGAGGGCUGCGCCGAGUGCCGGCCAGAGGAGUGCCCGACACCGCGCGGGUGCCUGGCUGGCACGGUGCGGGAUGCCUGUGACUGCUGCUGGGAAUGUGCCAACCUGGAGGGACAGAUCUGCGACCUGGACAACACCAACCACUUCUACGGCAAGUGUGGGGAGCACAUGGAGUGCCGGCUGGAUGCUGGGGACUUGCGUCAUGGAGAGGUGCCCGAGCCCCAGUGUGCCUGCCUCUCCCACCUGGCCCUCUGCGGCUCCGAUGGAAAAACCUAUGCCCAGAUCUGCAGGUUCCUGGAGGUUGCCCAUGCCCACCCUGAUGCCAACCUCACCGUGGCCCACGAGGGUCCCUGCGAGUCAGAGCCCCAGAUCACCUCUCCUCCCUAUGACACGUGGAACAUCACCGGGCAGGACGUCAUCUUUGGCUGCGAGGUCUUCGCCUACCCCAUGGCAUCCAUCGAGUGGAGGAAGGAUGGCACAGACAUGCUGCUGCCUGGAGAUGACCCCCACAUCUCUGUCCAGUUCAGAGGUGGCCCUCAGAAAUAUGAAGUGACAGGCUGGCUCCAGAUUCAGGGUGUGCGGGUGACGGACGAGGGCACGUACCGCUGCUUUGCCAGGAACAGCGUCGGGGAGGUGGUGGCAGUUGCCAGCCUGACUGUCUUCACGCCAGACCAACUCAACCUGACAGGCUUUUCCCUGCCGAAGGCCCAUGUGACACCCGAGGACUACGGGGACAGUGAGGAGGACUACUACUAGCCCAGAGACAGGAUGUCUGGCUGCAGGGAUCACCUUGCCCACAAUCACGGUUCCUGUGUGUUGGGGACAUCUCUGGAGCAAGCACCCUCUAGCCCAAAACUUCUUCUCUGAACAAUCCUGGCACACCAGCCUGUUUUUUGGGGUGGGGGAUAGGGUGACACAUCGUUUUGGGGUGCUUGGGGAGGGGAUACUGGCUGGUUGGUGGCACAGGGCUGGGACCAGGGGCAGCUCUGCCUGGAGCAGGGUGGGUCUGUCCUCUGGCACUGAGUGGAGACACGGUGGCAGUUGGGACACUGCAGGGACAGCUGUGCUGUGUGUGAUGAGAACUUCGUGCCAGGGGUGGAGACAGCUCCCUUUGGGAGAGUGAGGGCAAGGCAGGGGCAUCACUGCCCUGUAAAAAGCAUUUUUGGGGAAGCUGGAGCAGAGGGUUAGGACCUGGCUGUGAUAUCCAGUGUGACACCCCCAUGUCUGUUCUGUAUUGCUUGAGCACAGAGACAGCCCGGCUUCUCCCCAGGAUUUAAGGAACCUGCUGCCAAAACAUCCUUCUCUUCUGUUUUGUUUUUAACCAGAAAAGUAGUGAUUUGAGGAAACCAGACACUUGUGGCUUUCAGUGCUGUCUUUUCUCCAGCCCAACUACCCCUGUGGUCAGAAACACUUUGGCCUUUUUUGACUGACUUCAUGCUUUCCCUUCCAUGAAGCUCUUUUUUUUGCCGUUUCAGUUAAUGUUAUUUAAAAUAUGCACGUAGGUCAAAGCCAAGAGGCCAAUUGGCUGUCCUACAUCCACAGGGAUGAUUAUGGGGGUGAGGGAAGGUGCAAACACUGUGGAUGCUACCUUGUCCAUUGUGGGGGUCCUUGAGGCGAGGAGCCCUCCUGCCCAUUCUGGUGCUCAUAGCUGGUCCUGGUGUGGGUCCUGCCCUUCUCACCCCACAUGGGGAUGGGGGUGCCAUCUCCUGUGCAGUGGGGAUGCAUCAAGCCAUGUAAUUGUACCCCCAUCAGUUUGGAUCCUGUCCUACUGCUGCCCAUUUUCAUCUUGGGGUCCUAGGUUCUGUGACACUGGGGUCUCCAUCAAGGUGACCACAGCCCUGUCAGUAUGGAGCAGCUCUGUGCCUAGGUGUGGAAGGACAGGGAGGCACCAGUUUCUACUGGAAAUGCUAUCUUUAAAAAAAAAAAUCCCACCUACCUCCCAGAGCUGGUUAUUUAGAGCAAACUUUCAUUUGUGGGAAGCAUGGGAAGGAAGCUCAGAGCUGCACUGUGCUGCUCUG